UUGAAGUGAUACCAUGCAAAAUUUGUGGUGAUAAAUCCUCUGGAAUACACUAUGGAGUCAUCACAUGUGAAGGUUGCAAGGGAUUCUUUCGGCGAAGUCAGCAGAACAAUGCAUCCUACUCCUGUCCAAGGCAGAGAAACUGUUUAAUUGACAGAACCAACAGAAAUCGUUGCCAACACUGCCGACUGCAGAAAUGUCUUGCCCUGGGAAUGUCUCGAGAUGCUGUGAAAUUUGGAAGAAUGUCCAAAAAGCAGAGGGAUAGCUUGUACGCUGAAGUGCAGAAGCACCAGCAGCGACUGCAGGAACAGCGGCAGCAGCAGAGUGGUGAGGCAGAAGCCCUCGCCAGGGUUUACAGCAGCAGCAUCAGCAAUGGUUUGAACAAUCUGAAUAGUGAAACUGGCAGCACCUACUCAAAUGGGCAUGUCAUCGAUCUACCGAAGUCUGAGGGCUAUUACAAUGUGGAUUCUGCCCAGCCCUCCCCAGACCAGUCUGGGUUAGACAUGACUGGAAUCAAACAGAUAAAGCAGGAACCUAUCUAUGACCUCACCUCUGUACCAAACUUGUUUACCUAUAGCUCUUUCAACAACGGGCAGUUAGCUCCAGGGAUAUCCAUGAGUGAAAUUGAUCGAAUUGCACAGAAUAUCAUUAAAUCUCAUUUGGAGACAUGUCAAUAUACAAUGGAGGAAUUACAUCAGCUAGCAUGGCAGACCCACACAUAUGAAGAAAUAAAAGUUUACCAGAGCAAGACGAGAGAAGCUCUGUGGCAGCAGUGUGCCAUUCAGAUCACUCAUGCUAUCCAGUAUGUGGUGGAGUUUGCAAAGCGCAUAACAGGCUUCAUGGAGCUCUGCCAGAAUGACCAAAUUCUCCUUCUUAAGUCAGGCUGCUUGGAAGUGGUUUUGGUGAGAAUGUGCCGUGCCUUCAACCCACUUAACAAUACUGUUCUGUUUGAAGGAAAAUAUGGAGGAAUGCAAAUGUUUAAAGCUUUAGGUUCUGAUGAUCUGGUAAAUGAAGCGUUUGACUUUGCAAAGAAUUUAUGUUCCUUACAGCUGACUGAGGAGGAGAUUGCCUUGUUUUCAUCUGCUGUGUUGAUAUCACCAGAUCGAGCCUGGUUAAUAGAGCCAAGGAAGGUCCAGAAGCUUCAGGAAAAGAUUUACUUUGCACUUCAACAUGUUAUUCAGAAGAACCACCUCGAUGAGGAGACAUUGACAAAGUUAAUAGCCAAGAUACCAACAAUUACUGCACUUUGCAACUUGCACGGAGAGAAACUGCAGGUAUUUAAGCAAUCUCAUCCAGACAUAGUGAACACACUGUUUCCUCCAUUAUACAAGGAGCUUUUCAAUCCAGACUCAACCACUGGCUGCAAGUGAAGGGGAUAAUAGAAUUUUCACGUAGUCAUGGAAUGCAUCACUAGUAAGACAAAAAGAAAUGUUUUCAUGAAGAAAUUAUUAAAAAUGUCAUUACUGCAACACUAGGAAUGUCCUGCACUUAAUAGAAUUAUUUUUCACCGCUACAGUUUGAAGAAUGUAAAUAUGCAACUCUGAGUGGGGAUGUCGUUUUUCUCUUUUGUUUACUUUUUUUUUUAUCUUUGAACUGACAAUGAAUAUACAAAUAUAGGACACUGGGUGUUACCUUUUUUUUUUUUAAUUUACUUUUAUUGGGGGAUGUUUUGGGAGACAACUGUUCCUAGAAUUUUAUUGUAGAUAUACAAGAUAAUAGAGCAGUACUUUGCAGUAUUACUCUUGCUGUUUAUUGUUCAAAUAUAAUUUAAGAAAAAUUCCACUUAUUAGACUGCCUAGUUCUAUGUUUUUAGAUAGUUUAAUGCAUGUGGAAAUUUGUAGCUGUGUUGGAAAUUAUGGUGCAUUUAUGGAAGACACACACACUCACAUAUAUAUGUACAUACAUAUAUAUAUAUAUGUAUGUAUGUAUGUAUAUAUGUAUGUAUGCAUUAUAUGCAUACAUGCUGUAACUUCAGAUCACAUGCCUACAUUUAAAGGAUGCUCAACCCAGCUGUCAUGUAUUUCUUACUCUCCAAGUAAUGUACUAGAUUUACUUUGAGCAAUCAAGAUUUGCUUUGCCAGCGUUAAAUUGUCAGCUGCCAAUGUGUAAUGACAGGAUCACUUCUGAGAUGUGUGUAAUGUAGUGCAUGUGUGCUGUGUGUAAAUCAAACAUCAGGAAUGUAUCAAUGGCGCAAAAGCCUUGUCUGGAUGGUUUUAGUGAAAAGAAAAAUAGGAUUGGUUUUUUUUUUUAUUUUCUCACUGUUAUAGGGAUAGAACAUAUAAAAGUGAACAUAGAAGAACCUGAUCUCAGUAAAGUAUCUGAAACAUGAGUAAAAAUGUAGACAAUCUCAUAUGUACAUUUUUCUGAUUUCACACAUGAUUUUGUUUUAUAUAUACUUCUCUG